AUCGUAGGCUGCCGCUGUAGUGCCGAAAAUGUUUAAUGUUUCUCUAAUGUUAAUUGUUUCUCUAACGUUAAUCACCGAAAUGUUUCUCUAACGUUAAUCACCACUCAUACUUAUAAUCUGAGGUCUUAUCCCAACUUAUUAGUACCUAGGUGUAGAACUGAACGUUUUUCGAACAGUUUCAUUCCUGCUGCGUGUCGUGCUUAUAAUAACAAGUAAACUUUAGAUUAUUAUCGUUAUUUUUAUCUAACUUACCUAUUUUUACCUGUAAAUAUAGAAUAGAUUGAAUACCUAUGUUCUUAUACCCUGUAAUUCCAAAGUAAUUCAGUUGUUACUGCUAGUUUGGAAAUUUAUAAUAAUAAUAAUAAUAAUAAUAAUAAUAAAAAUAUUUCAACUAGUCAAAACUAUAAACUUGCGUGUCAACUUCGUUGAUUCUUACGUAGACGGCAAAUAUUUGGAUAUCUAGCUUUCAGCGAGUAAACGGUUGUAGUUGUAGUUGUGAUGUACAUUAUGUUAAAAUUUAUUAUGCAAGAUUUUUUUGCAAUCGUUUAUAGAAUUUAUCCUAUUCAAUUUUUUUACCUUUUCAGAAUUUUUUCAGAUUUUCCAUUCCCCAUUAGUAGGAUCUGGAUUUUCGACAUUUUGUGACGCGAAUUUGCUUGGGAAUUGCUAUAACCUUAGGAUUUAUUAGUAAUAACGUAAUAUCCUUAUUUCCUUGCUGAAAACAAAAUUCCUUGCCGUUUCCUGGUAAAUUUUAUUUCUUUUUCAAAUAAAUUUCUUUGCAAGUGGAAGCACUGCAUGGAAUGACCAGUUGGGAUAACGCAAUAGUUGAGGACUCCCCCUUUUCUCACCCACCGCCCUCCCCCCUUCAAUAUUAAUGAUUGUUCCCUUAUCUGUGUAAAUGUAAAAUAUGGUUCUAUUUUAUUUCAUUUUGCUAAUUAGGAAAAUUCAGUAUGUUUUAAUUUAAAUAGACUAUAUUUUUUACAUAUUUGCAAAUUGUAAAUUUUAUUCUGUUUUGCGUAUUCUAAAAAAUAAAUAGCCUUAAAAUACUAUAUAGAUAUCAUACCUAUUUUAAUUUAAGUAAUUUUUUGCACGUGCAUAAUAUGUUUACAAUAGUCUAUUUUAUUGUUAUUUUGCAAGCUAGGAAAGAAAGAUAGGAUUAAAACAGUAUAUUUUAUCCCUGUUUGAAAUUUGUGCGUUUACCUUGCAAAGUGUAUAAUUGGAUUUAAACACCCUAUUUUAUUUAAUGAGUUUAAUUAAAAAUAGUAUAUUUUAUACCUACUUUAAUUCCUAGCUGCUUUCUAGUGAAGCAAAAUAGAAUUUAAAUAGGCUAUUCUAAACCUGUUUUUUCGCUGAGGCUCUGGAAAAUAGUAUUAAAAUAUGCGAUUUUAUUUCUAUUAUCUAUAAAAAAUAGGAAUAAAAAAAGUAAAAAAAUAAUAAAAUAUGGCUCUUUCUUUUGGUGAUAUAUUAUGAUAGAAUUAAAAUAGGGUUGCUUCUGAAUAAAAUAGCAUAAAAAUAUGGAUGAUAGUAAUAAAAUAGUUUUAAAAUAGCAAUAUAAUAUAGUUAUUUUCGCAAGGGUAAUGACCACAUUUGUUUGGAUAUUUCAAUAUGCUUAUUACCUAACUGGAAUUGUAUUUUAUAAACAUUUGAACUGGCAUUUUAUAUUUUAUAUUAAUUAUUGUAAAUAUAUGAUCUAGGGAGUAGGAGCCUUAAAUAAUAGCCAUGUGGUUUCUGUUAGGUCCCUAGCCAGCUAGCCCCAAUUCUUGUAAGUAACUGUGGCAAUUGUGUUUUGACGUUAAAACCAAUAACGUAAGUAAUUGUGUUUUGACGUUAAAACCAAUCUUACAUACGUUCACAAAGGCGGGAAGUAUAUGAUCCUAAACUAGAUUUCACGUUUAAACAGUAUAAAACACCAUUCACGAGGAUAGAUGUUAACAUGGCACAGUAUUUCUGGCAAUGAAACGCUCGAACUGACCAUCUGACCAUUUCAUACGAACUUUUAUCGAUGAAUAAUUUUGCGAGUUUUCAUCCAAUUCAAUCAUAUAUUUGCUCAAAAUCUUCGCCAAAAUCUUUACCAUAAAGCUUGACCGAAUAAGUUUCGCCGGAAACAAUGUGACAGCAAAAACUGCUAAAGUCUUGAUUUCUGUAAUAGAAUGUAUAGUCUUUUUGCCCUGUUGUACCGCCAUCAUGGAUUUAUCAUGUAGGCCCCGCCUGCGCUAGGUAUGCGUUAGCAAUCUAGAAUGGGUUUACACCUAUGGCUUACACAAAAAAUCAAAUUGAAAACUGUAUGGCAUCCGGCGGAUGGGAUUUUAGCUUUGUCUCCAUUUGGCGCCAAUUUUCAGCUUUUGAAAUAAACAUUCUCAUUGCAUUUAUUUUUGUACUUACAAACUUGUAACUAUAGCAAUCGUUUUGAUGUACUGAUGGUUUUUCCCGAGUUAAAAUAAAUUUAUGUAUGUAUAUGUUGCAUAAAUUUAUGUAUGUAUAAAUUGAAUUAUUUUAACUUCAGUAGUGUUCUUCAUCCUCGUUCCCAGGGCCUCUCGGAUGGUUGUACUUCCGAUGAAAAGGACUUGAGUUUUAAAGUUUCGAGCGUUCAGUAUAUAUAAACAAACUGACAAUCACUUUCAGAAGUUGUGGAGACACAUGUAGUUUUAGCUUGUAAGUGGAUCAUUAUAGUUUUUUACACACAAUAUACACUUGUCCUUGUCAUGGUCUGAUGAAUUUCAACGCUAUGCGUUGUUACUUGCUGGACAGCAAUGUAUCGAUCAGAGAUUUAUUCAUACAACUAAACCAACGUUUCAAUAAUUGCAAACUUGCUUCAAAAUCGAAAGGUAUCGAACAAUGAAACUUUACAAUGCGAGUAUAUUUGUAAAAUUAUGUGCAAGAAUUUCUGUUCAGAAUUUCCCGUGCAGGAUUGUCUGAUUCUGCACGGCUUUUGACCAAUCAAAUUGCGUGUUUCACUGUAGUUAUUAUACAAACUGUUUUGAUAUCUCUAUGCUAAAGCAACUCUGACUAUUAUACCGGCCCUUGUCUGUCCGUGUCUCAAUUAUGGAAUUAUGAACUGGGGGAAUACAUAUACAUCAAAGAUGAACAAGAUAAGAACAAAACAAAAUAAGGUUAUCAGAAGUGUAUUUUUUGCUCAUUCUAGGAAAAAUGUAUCUUCUUAUUUUAAACUUCUUGGAAUUCUGAAAUUCGGUAAUAUAUUCAAAUUAAGAAUUGCUGAGUUUAUCUAUAAACUUAUAAAUACGAGAACAAAUGUUCCAAGAGCAUUUUCUCAUCCUUUGUUCUACAAGCUGCUAAUCAACAUACCUAUAACACAAGAUAUGCUACUAAGAUGAAUUUUGUAAGACCAAAAGUAAGGACUAAUUAUGGAGUUCAUAUUUUCAAAUUCAUUUCCUCAAAAAUAUGGGAAACUGUAAUUGAUAUCGAUAUUAAAAUAUUAUCUUCAUUAAUACUCUUCAAAAAAAGCUAUACGAAUUAUUAUUACAUAAUCAGAAUUAUUACUCCUAUAUAUAUAUAUAUAUAUAUAUAUGUAAUUAAUGAAAUUUAGUUGCAAAUACUUAACAUAAUUGAAUUAUAUAUAUCGUUUAAUGUUUCAGAGGCCGGCUCGAACGCCAUGCUACUUCGGUCUCUGUACACUUCCUUUCUAUGUAUUAGUGUUUAAUUCUAUAGGUAUAUUUUCUAUCUAUCUGUAAAUCAAUUUGUAUAUCUUGUAUUUGUAUUAUCUUGAAAUUGUGUGAAAAUAAAUGUUAUCAAGUCAUCCUCAGAGGCUUUAGUUCCAUGAUUAAAUGCCGGUUUUUGGCGAUGUACCGGGUGGCCCAAAAAAAAGUACUCCUGUUUGAUUCGUAAUAACAUCUAAACAAGUAUAGCUUUUAAAGAGAAAUAAAUAACUUGCAUCAAAUAGAGGAAGGACUAACUUAGACUUUGAUAUAUUACAGUUGUAUUUCACUUAAAAAUUCACGGAGAUAUUAAUCUUUAAAUUCGGGAGGAUAUUUCUGGAUGUGUCUGAAAUAUGCAAAAAUCGGCGUAUCAAAUAUUAAUCAAGAUUUGCCCGACUGAAACAUGCACUAUUACCAGUAAAUAAAUGACACUUGACAAAUUGUUUAUUAUGAAACAAAGUAUUAUUAUAUCUAUUAAUCCUGCUCUAACCGAGAAAUAAUCAACUUUGUUUUGAACCCAUGAAAAACAUAAAAAUAGGUUAUUUUAAGAAAAAUUGAAGCGCCUGCCUUGCAUGGUCUUUCAGUACCUUAAGUUUGCAAAGACCUAUUAAAUACUUACAUAAUUUCGAACGUUCAUAUUUCAGGAAACAAUAAGUUAAGACUUACAUGUAAGAUGUCUAAAUCUACGCCAUAUCCCUUACAAACCCUAACUACAAUUCGCUGAAAUACAAUUUACCCUGAUAUGUCAUUAAGCAAACAAACGCUGGAGUGAAAAUUUGAUACGCCGAUUUUCGCUAAUUUUAGACACAUCCCAAAAUAUGCUCCCGAUUUUGAACAUUAAUAUCUCCGUGAAUUUUUAAGUAAAAUACAACUGUAACAUAUCAAAAUCUAAGUUAGUCCUUCCUCUAUUUAAUGCAAGUUAUUUCUGUUUGAUAGCUUUACUUGUUUAGAAGUUAUUAUAAAUCAAACAGGAGUACUUUUUUUUGGGCCACCCGGUAUAUGAACAGACUUCUUAUAUAAGAAUAAUGACCAAUAUCUAGAUUUAUCUAUAACAGUAUAUUUGCGCACAAAAAUGCAACGCACCUUUAGAUAAACUUCCUGUCAUUUUCAUGAAGUCAAGACCACGUGUUUAUAUCAUGAUUGACUGAUUCAGAGCUCUUCGCAUGUGUGAAAAAGCUAGGACUGAGCUUUAAAUUUGACUUCAAAUUUUAUGGUUGGCGGUGGCAUUCCAGUUAAAUUCAUUUCAAUGGUUUGAAUUCAUAUUAAAUUAAGUUCUACUUGGGCCUUUUUUGCAAUAAUCGUCUUUUACGCAUGAUUUAUCACACGCAUGACUUGUUUCAUGCAUGGUUGAUGUCAUGUACAGGGGCGUAGGAAGCGAGGCACGGGGCACGUGCCCCCCCCAAUUUUAAAGGACUAAAAGUGCCCUUUUUUGUGAUAAAAAGUGCCCUUUUUGUGUUGAAAAGUGCCCUUUUUUGUGAGGAAAAGUGCCCCGUUUGUAGAAGCUAAUGUCGCUGUAAAUACUAAAUUAAAACAAUAGGUGCCGUUUUUGUGUGGAAAUUUACAAAUUUUUUUUAAAAAUUAGGUCACAAACAUAAAUUUCGGUAUGAUACGACGGAAAACAUUUCCGGGAAAAUUUUUUUAGGUGCCCUGUCCGAUAGUAAUGUGCCCCUACAAGCCGGUGCCCAAAACUCCAGGUGCUUCCUACGCCCCUGGUCAUGUAUGAUUGGUAUCUUACAUACUCUUUACACAAGUUAAGAAAAAGUGUCUCAGUAAGUUUCAGACUUAUUAAAUAUUCCGAAGAACUUGCAUUGUAGCGAAGAUUUUCGAACUGUGCAAUUAUUUUUAAUACACACUGUAUAAAUAAUAAUUUACGAACUAGACACUAUUUAGAAAUGAUAUGCAAUCCACAAUAAUUAAGUAUUUUCUUCUUGGCAGAUUACAUAGGACUAGAUUCAAAACAUGAGAAGCAGAAUGAACAUUGUGAGCCUGAAAAUUCCAAGAACCUAACGAAUGAGACAGAACGAGUAAUUGAUAUAGAAAGUCAAGACCGAGGACUUGAUCCAGAAAUAGAACAGGUGGAACGCCCUAAGGAAGAGAAUAUUGAUGAGACUAGCAAAGUACAACCCGUUAAAGAUGAGGAUAUUGAUGUGACUACCAAUAAGCUACGCUUUCAGAAAGACAAUGUUGAUAUGACUACCAAAAUUGAAGAUUUUCAAAAUAUGAAUAAUAUUGGCCUGACUUCCGAAAAUCAAUGGCUUCAAGAAGGUAAUGUUCAUGUGACUACCGACAUUAAUCAAGAAGAGUAUAUUAAUCUUCAUAACGAAAUAGAACGGCUUAAAGAAGAAAAUUUUAAUCUGAAUGGCAAAAUGCAAAGCCAUCUAGAUGAAAACAAUUACUUAAAGAGAGAGAACAGCAACUUGGAAACAAUCAAUAAGCUCCUAGAAGAAGAUAACAGUAUAUUUCAUCAAAUGAACAUACAGCCGAUGUUAGGUAUACAGCUUCGUAGACUACAAUUCUUCGAGAUGGAUCGACUACAACAAGAAAACAGCAACUUGGAGAAUCAAAUUCAGGAAGUGUGACAAGAAAAGGAUAACAAAAUAAACGAAAAUCAGCAACUUCAACAACAGAAAAGUGAAUUGGACAACACAAAUCAGCAGCUCCAGCAAGAGAAAAGUCAGUUGGACGACGAGAAUCAACAGCUCCGACAAGAGAAAAAUCGGAUAAUUAACGAAAAUCAGCAGCUCCGACAAGAGAAAAGUCAGCUGAAAAACGAGAAUCAGCAGCUCCGACAAGAGAGAGAUCAGUUGGACUACGAGAAUCAGCAGCUCCGACAAGAGAACGGUCAGUUGAACGACGAGGAUCAACAGUUCCAACAAGAGAAAGUUCAGUUGGACUACGAGAAUCAGCAGCUCCGACAAGAGAAAGGUCAGUUGAACAACGAAAAUCAGCAGCUCCGACAAGAGAAAGAUCAGUUAGACAACGAGAAUCAGCAGCUCCGACAAGAGAAAGGUCAGUUGAACGACGAGAAUCAGCAGCUCCGACAAGAGAAAGGUCAGUUGAACAACGAGAAUCAGCAGCUCCGACAAGAGAAAGAUCAGUUGGACGACGAAACUCGGGAACUCCGACAAGAGAAAGGUCAGUUGGACAACGACAAUCAGCUGCUUCGAGAGGAGAAAGGUCAGUUGAACAACGAAAAUCAGCAGCUUCGAGAGGAGAAAGGUCAGUUGGACCACGAAAAUCAGCAGCUCCGACAUCAGAAAAGUCAGUUGCGCAACGAAAAUCAGCUGCUUCGAGAGGAGAAAGGUCAGUUGAACAACGAUAAUCAGCAGCUCCGACAAGAGAAAAGUCAGUUGAACAACGAAAAUCAGCUGCUUCGAGAGGAGAAAGGUCAGUUGAACAACGUAAAUCAGCAGUUUCGAGAUGAGAAAGGUCAGUUGGCUAACGAUAAUCAGCAGCUCCGACAAGAGAAAAGUCAGUUGAACAAUGAAAAUCAGCUGCUUCGAGAGGAGAAAGGUCAGUUGAACAACGAAAAUCAGCAGUUUCGAGAAGAGAAAAGUCAGUUGGACCACGAUAAUCAGCAGCUCCGACAAGAGAAAAGUCAGUUGAACAAUGAAAAUCAGCUGCUUCGAGAGGAGAAAGGUCAGUUGAACAACGAAAAUCAGCAGUUUCGAGAAGAGAAAAGUCAGUUGGACCACGAUAAUCAGCAGCUCCGACAAGAGAAAAGUCAGUUGAACAAUGAAAAUCAGCUGCUUCGAGAGGAGAAAGGUCAGUUGAACAACGAAAAUCAGCAGUUUCGAGAAGAGAAAAGUCAGUUGGACCACGAUAAUCAGCAGCUCCGACAAGAGAAAAGUCAGUUGAACAAUGAAAAUCAGCUGCUUCGAGAGGAGAAAGGUCAGUUGAACAACGAAAAUCAGCAGUUUCGAGAAGAGAAAAGUCAGUUGGACCACGAUAAUCAGCAGCUCCGACAAGAGAAAAGUCAGUUGAACAAUGAAAAUCAGCUGCUUCGAGAGGAGAAAGGUCAGUUGAACAACGAAAAUCAGCAGUUUCGAGAAGAGAAAAGUCAGUUGGACCACGAUAAUCAGCAGCUCCGACAAGAGAAAAGUCAGUUGAACAAUGAAAAUCAGCUGCUUCGAGAGGAGAAAGGUCAGUUGAACAACGAAAAUCAGCAGUUUCGAGAAGAGAAAAGUCAGUUGGACCACGAUAAUCAGCAGCUCCGACAAGAGAAAAGUCAGUUGAACAAUGAAAAUCAGCUGCUUCGAGAGGAGAAAGGUCAGUUGAACAACGAAAAUCAGCAGCUUCGAGAAGAGAAAGGUCAGUUAGACAACGAAAGUCAGCAUCUCCAACAAGAAAAUGCUGAGAUAAUCAAUGAAAUGCAAAAUAUUCGACAAGAAAACAACAGCAUGCGAAUCGAAAUUGAGCAGUACAGGGAAGACACCAUGCCUAGCAUUAUUACAGAAAGUGGAUCAGUAGUAGUUUCAAAUGAGCUGCUUGGAAAAGGUGCUUGGGGCGCUGUGUGGGCAGGAGAUUUUUACGGAACUAAAGUGGCAGUUAAAGAAUAUUACGAAAUUAUAUUGUCUCCACAUAACUUGCAUUUAUUUCAGCGUGAAAUAAAUAUCGCGUCACAUUGUCGGCAUCCCAAUUUACUACAGUUUAUUUGUGCAACGAAAAAUCAUCAAAAUCGCCUAUUAAUUGUAACAGAACUGAUGGACAAGGCAUUGCGUGCAUUCGUUGAGCAACGUGCAAGGGAAAGAUCGCGGUUGGAGUAUCAGGAGAUUAAAUCAAUUUCCGUAGACGUGGCACGUGGCUUGAACUACCUUCAUUCAAAAAAGCCAAAACCAAUUAUCCAUCGUGAUGUUAGCAGUGCCAACGUAUUGUUAUCGAUUGAAAAUAGCGCAGUAAGAAGAGCAAAAAUAUCGGAUUAUGGUUCAGCUAAUUUCAUGGAAAAAUGCAAUACAGCGAAUCCAGGAGCAGCCAUUUACGCCGCACCUGAAGCUGAUCGAGCAAAACAAGAUCCUAAGGUAAAUUUAUUGGAAUAUAUUACAAGGGUCAGUAAGAAAAUAGCACAAUUUUAAAUUUCAAAUAAAACAGUUUAUAUACAUACAUAUACAUAUAUAUAUAACCCUUGGGGGGGAUAAUAUAGCCCUGCGAAGUUUUGCCGUUUUUCAGUAAUUUUGUAUUAACGUCCGUGACGUCAAUAAUCUGCACUAAAAAAUCACUUAGACUUCAACGUCCUUCCCCCCAAAAUGGGCACAUAAUUGUUGCCCACAAGUAUUUCUCUGGCCCCGCAAAUAUCUAUUUAAUGCACACUUGUGGUUAUUAAAUCGCAAUCUGAACGGAGUUAUAAUAUUCCCUUCAUAUUGCAACCCACAGCAUUUAAAACUAGUAAAAUACACUAGAUCCCCCCGAGUCACAUUCGAAGCGAUGGUUAAUGCAGAAAGACCGCCCCUUAACAUGGCUUUUAAAGGUAGCACCAAUAAUGACAUUGUCACAGUUUUUGUAUUUUCUUUUCGCACUUAAACAUCCCUAGCCUGCGUAGCAGGCGGCAUUCGCGGGCACGAGAGAAUGGGAAGCUUGAAAUACCGCCUGCCCAAAAACUACACAUUCUGAGUUCUCCCCGGAAGCUGGGUGCCGGAGUAUUCUGAUUGGUAGCCUGCGUAGCAGGCGGUAUUUGAUUGGUCAGAAUGUUGAUUUUGAAUUUUUGAUUGACAGGAGUACAGAAUUAGAAUAAUUAGUGCUAAUUUUAGAAGUUACUGUUGCCGUAUUUAUAAUAUAAACUAUUUUUAUUUUCGUAAUUGUACCGAUAUAUCGAGUGGUGGCAUACACUAACCAAAAGAUAACGAAUGUAUUCAUUGAGAAUUAAACGUUGAAUUCUUUAAUCUUUAUCUGGAAUCGGAAAUCGCUUCGUCUUGAAGAAUGAACAACGAAUAUCAAUCCAACAUUUGUUGCUUGAAGAUGUGAUACCGUGAUAAAAGUGCAGAUUUGAAGAUACAGGCUCGUAAAUGACACUCUAAGUCGUGUUUUUGAUAGCGAUUGGACCAAGCCUAUUACAAAGUUACGUCUGAAGGGGCCGAAGUUGUGUUCGGCGAAAGGUAUGGCUCGUCUAUAUUUUUGUUCAGACAAUUGCAUAAUUUGAUAAUACACGAACUCGCUUGACUUUCAAAGCUCAUAAAUCGCUAUAAUGUUGACAUCGACUAAAACUAUCGCUAUGAAUGAGGACAUAUUGUUACACUGAAUCGAACGUGGUAUUUUUGUCUUCAUAGCAUUGAAUGAACCGAAGAUAUGAAACGUCAAAGUCGUAUAUUUGAACUGGUGUAAAUACGUGAUUUGACAAAUAAUUAAAAUAAAUACAUUACUGUAAGAUGGGCGGGACCAUGCGGUGGGCGGAACUCAGAAUGUGUAGUUUUUGGGCAGGCGGUAUUUCUAGCUUCUACCGCCUGCUACGCAGGCUAAAACAUCCCUAUACGACCGUUUCCUUUUCCCUUCUCAAUGAACCUAUUCCCUAAUGAACAAAAUUUUGAUCUAGACAAGUCAAGACCGUUUUCUGAAAAAAGGUAUCAAUUUCCCGUGUGUAAUACAAAAUGACUGAAAAACGGCAAACUUCGCAGGGCUGUAUUAUCCGCAUUUUACAACAUUUCGCAACGAAGCUUCGGGAUAUUACUAAUUUUGUGACGCUCUUUCAAGCCAUGAUAAAAGUUUUCUCUAGACUUGUCUAGAUCAAUUUUGUUUUCAUUAGGUAAUAGGUCCAUUUAGAACGAACUAAGUGGUCUUUAAGGUUUUUAGACCGGCGAAAACACACCUUUGGUGGUUCCGGCAUAAUAUUAAAAACCUUUCAUACCAACUCACAAUUACUUCUUAUUCCCUAAAGAUAAUUAUUAUAAAGAACCAUCAAUGCAGGAUGAUAAUCUAUCGCGAAACAGUUCCUAUUACUAUUCUUAACCCCUUCUUUCUGCAUUAUCAAAUUAUUCCUGUCGACUUCUCUCACUCUGCCAAACUGAUCAUCAACAAAAUUGGAAUUAUAACCCCUCUUCACCAAAAAACCUUUUAGUUCUUUUAGUUUUUCCUCAAAAGCAUUUUUCGAAUUACAAAUUGAUUUCGAUUUCAUCGCAAACCUUGACUGUAAGGAAUCGCUCUCUUGACAUGAAGAGGGUAACAAGAUUUUAAAAAUUCAUUAAUAAUUGACGAAAAUACAAAAAGAAAUAAAUGUUUAAUCAAUGUUUGUAAUUCGGAUAAAGAUUUGUCCUGAUUUCCAUAAACUUCAGCUUUGAUUUUCUUGGCUUAGACAAUGUUUAUUUUUAAAAUUACUUCGCCAAUAAGAUAGGUAAUUUUUUAAGUACGAUAAAACAUUCGCACCCGAUUUGUAUCUGAUAGAAAAAUUCUCUUCUUCGGCUCGAGUUUGUAUACCAGAUACAGAUCCGCUCCUCAUGCUUUAUCUAAUACUUAAAAUUCAAAUACUGAUGUGCACUAGUAGGCUUAGAAUACACAUCAGUAUGAAAAGCACCAUUAACUUUAUUACUGCCGUUCCAAUUGAAGUGUUCUCAAAUAUUGAUUCAAUACAUUACCUCGGGCUGACUAAUUCAUACGAAUUCAAAUUUCGUUUCCUCCUGUGCGUUUCCUAUUGGUCAAUCGGUUCUGUAACGAAAUCUAAUUGGCUCGUUUAAAAGUAACAGGAAGUUGGUCAAUUUUCUAUCAAAUGAAUUGGUCAGCCCGAGGUAAUGUAUUGAAUCAAUAUUUGAGGAACACUUCAAUUGGAACGACAGUAAUCCCAUAAUCAAGAACAGCAAUUUCCUUUCGACUAAUUUCCGAAGUAAACUUAAUAUUCUCAUGAAAUGAAUUCAAUUUACUGAGGAAAUUGUUCAGUUCCCCCUCCCUGUGAAGCCAUAUCAUGAAAACAUCGUCCAAAAAACUCAUAUUUUCAUCAAAAUAAAAAAAAUUUUUCCAAAACCAAUUUCGCAAGUGAGACCAAACCAUCGACUGGCAAGUCCUCUUCAGCCUGAUUCAUUGCUAAUCUAAGAGCUUCAAGACCUUCGCAGUGUGAAGCAUAUGAGGAUACAAUCCCACUACAUCCAUAGUGCGCAAAAUUACAGUCGAUGGAAUAUGAUCUAAGUCUUCCAAACGUUGCAAAAAAUGUGUAUUAUCCUUUAUUACAGACGGUACACCUUCCAUCAAUGGUUGAAUAUGAAAAUCCAGAAACGCCGACACUCGUUCUGUAGACGUACCAAAUAUAAAUAUUAAAAUUUACCCAAGAAGGGAUUAAGAAGAAGGGGUCAAUGAAUACUUCAAUGUGAUUAGAAGCGAACUUUCUCUAAGCCUCAUUUAAAUGUAAUAAUUUUCUUUUUAGUAACGACAGAAGGCUUUUUUAUAACAAAUUUAAUAAAUUGUAACAACGUUUCGGAGUUUACUCCAUUAUCAGGUUACAUUUAUAUGCACUCAGAUUGUGCGUAUAAAUGUAACCUGAUGAUGGAAUAAACUCCGAAACGUUAUUACAAUUUAUUAAAUUUGUUAAAAAAAAAGCCUUGUGGUCGUUACUAAAAAGAAAAGGUCAAUGAAUAGUUAUAUAGAAACAGGAUAAGAAUAGUUAUAGGAACUGUUUUGUGAUAGAUUAUCAUCCAGCAUUGAGGGUUCUUUAAAAUAUAUUUAGGGAAUUACAAGUAAUUGUGAGUUGGUCUGAAAGGUUUUUAAGUCUUAUGCCGGAACCACCAAUGGCGUGUUUUCGUCGGUCUAAAAACCUUAAAGAUCAAUUAGUUCGUUCUAAAUUGUGAAGGGAAGAGGAAACGGUCGUAGGGAUGUUUAAGUGCGGAAAGAAGAAAUAUACAAUGUGUGACAAUGACUUUAUUGGUGCUACCUUUAAAAGCCAUGUUGAGGGGCGGUUUUUCUGAAUUAACCAUCACUUCGAUUGCAACUCGGAGGGUAUAGUGUAUUUGAUUAUUUAGCAAAUGCAGUGGGUUACAAUAUGUAUGGAAUACUAUAACACCGUUCAGAUUGCGAUUUAAUAACAAAUAGAUAUGGGCGGGGGCAGAGAAAUAUUUGUGGGCAACAAUUGUAUGCCCAUUCUUGGGGGGAGGGACAUUCAGAUCUAAAUUAUUACGUCACAGACGUUAAUUAAUAGAGAGUUUGGCAAAUACAAGGGCAACGGCAACGGCAAUAUGGUCAUUAACAAUAGCAUUAAUCCUCAAAGACAAAGGCGAAUGUAAAUUACAUGGUCUUAAGCGUUGUGCAAUGCCGUAGUUGUUGAAACUAAUAUAAUACGUGAUUUGCAUCAUUUUCACGGUGCAUGACUACGGCAACAGUUGAUUCGUUCGAUGUUAUUUGAGAGUUUUAUUGAAUUCGCGGACAAUUUUUACUUAAGGGUACGUUUGAAAGAAACAGGAAUACUUAAAGAGGCAAAUUAAGUGUAGUAACGUAUAAUUUGGCUCAAAUACAACAAUAUAAGCAAUUAUAUUUUCCCCGUUGCAGUUGUCGUUGCCGUUCUAGUUUGCCAAACUCUCUAAUAACCCCACUGAGACGGAGAUCUUUUGGAUUGAGAAACUUAAUAGUUAUGGGCCAGGUGGGCUUAAUUUAAGGAAGAGGUUUAACUAAUUUAUGUGUAUGCAAAUGUUAGAGUAUUUAAGCGAGAGACGGAGAAGAUAUAACGUUUUUCUGAAGAAUAUUACAAGUUUUGUGACGUAUAGUAAAGAGAGUGCUCAAUACAUAACAUUUCGUAGAGCGAAUGUAGCCUAAUUACUAUUCUUACUUAAAAUGUUUUUAUCUCUACUCCGAGUUUCACGCAUUACUGCGAUCAUCAGGAGACAUUAUUCUUCAAUACCUUUGGUUUUUCCUUGCUUGAUGACGUGACUGUGUGCGCGCGCAAAGAUUGUUGGUGUUUGCUUUCACGCGCGGAGACCACAUUUCCCGCUAAAAAUUGUUUCUGGUGUAGGCACUUCGAGAAGAUUUCAGAUCGUUUGUUUAGCAGAUAUUUGUCGCGAUAUUUCAGAAUCAGCAGCUUUUCAUUAAUGUAUAGAAGCUCCUGAUUCUGAAAUUUCGGGCAUGUGCUAAAACCUGGACUAGUCCAUCGUCCAGUCCAUCGUCCAGUCCAUCGUCCAGUCCAUCGUCCAGUCCAUCGUCCAGUCCAUCUUCCAGUUUAUCUUCCAGUCCAUCGUCCAGUCUAUCGUCCAGUCCAUCGUCCAGUCCAUCGUCCAGUCUAUCGUCCAGUCCAUUGUCCAGUCCAUCGUCCAGUCCAUCUUCCAGUCCACCUUCCAGUCCAUCGUCCAGUCUAUCGUCCAGUCCAUCUUCCAGUCCAUCGUCCAGUCCAGUCCAUCGUCCAGUCCAUCGUCCAGUCCAUCGUCCAGCCAAUCGUCCAGUACAUCGUCCAGGUUUUGGCACAUACCGAAAUUUCGCGACAAAAAUCUGCUGAACAAAUGAUCUGAAAUCUUCUCGAAGUGCGUGCACCAGAAAUCAUUUUUAGCUGGAAAUGUGGUCUGCGCGCUUGAAAGCAAACAUCAACAAUCUUCGCGCGCGCGCACAGUCACGUCAUCAAGCAAGGAAAAACCAACAGUAUUUAAGAACGUCUCCUGAUGAUCGCAGUAAUACGUGAAACUCGGAGUAGAGACAAAAAUCAUUUUAAGUAAGACAAGAAGGACACAAUGCCUCUAUUAACAACGCUACAAUCUUAGAGAAAAGAGUACACAAUUUAGAAAAACGAACGUUCCUCGAGUCGAUGCAUUAAAUAUUAGACAAUAAAACAAUUAACGAACACAAAGAAUUCUCACGCAUGUAUUUAUCGCUGACGAUCGCAUGUAUUUAUAUAAUGACGAUAUUUAAAACCUUGUACUAUCCGAACUGCUCUUAGUACUCUGAUGAAGGUUGUAGUUAGCAACCGAGAAUUUAGAACUGUUUUAGUCCUUUUUUUUGUACAAAUUCUAGUAUAUUAAAAAUAAUUUUAGAACAGCUUUAACUCCAAAACUAUCAUGUAUUCCACGUACUGGUCGCUCCAACAGCAUAUAUAUAUAUAUAUAUAUAUAUAUAUAUAUAUAUAUAUAUAUAUAUAUAUAUAUAUAUAUAUAUAUAUAUAUAUAUAUAUAUAUAUAGUUUUUCGUUUUACCUCAAAAAACCACAACAGUCUGUUUCAUCCGUAUAGGAAUCAUCCGUAUAGGAUGAUUCCUAUACGGAUGAAACAGACUGUUGUGGUUUUUUGAGGUAAAACGAAAAACUAUAUUACGCUCUAUCUAUAUGGUAUUGAGCACUGUUUGUGUUUCGUAAACCAAAAUCUUAAACUAUAUAUAUAUAUAUAUAUAUAUAUAUAUAUAUAUAUAUAUAUAUAUAUAUAUAUAUAUAUAUAUAUAUAUAUAUAUAUAUAUAUAUAUAGUUAAUCAACUCAACACAUAAGGUUUUGACUUUAUUGUCUUCAUCAAAUAUAAUCCUACUUUACAGGCGAACCCAAUUUAUACCCUCCCAAUUUUACUAAUUAUGCAUAAUAUGUAUAUAAGUGAUUUACCAUAGAUGAUUAACUUAUAUACCUGUAUGGCUUUUCCGUUAUGGCUCACAUGACAGUAAUGUAGGAAAAUAUUAUUUUCCAUUUAUCAACUUUUGUAUGUAUAUUUAAACAUAUUCACAGACAUACAACACACAAAGGUAAAAAUCAAAUACCUUGGCAAGUUUCUUUGAUAGUUUGAUAGAUUUGUGCCAGACAUCUAGUGCAUGAAAAAGAUCGCCAAACUCUUUGAGAUGCUUCUCUGGCAAAUUAAAAAAAAUAAUACAUAUAUUAUUUGAGAUAAAAAGUACAUUAUCUGCUUUAUCUUUAUGAUAUUGCGCACUCUUUGGCAUUUCGUGAACCAAAACACUCCUAUAUAGAGUGCUUCAUAUAAAAAAGAGUAGAUAUGUAGUUUUAUACCUCAGUUCUAUACCACAACAGCCUGAAGCCAAGAGGAAUCAUCAGGUGGCAGCUUCUGAUGAUUCCUCUUGGAUGAAACAGGCUGUUGUGUUAUUGUUCACUUGGUAAUAUGCAGCGAUGUUUUGCUAAUUUUAGAAGUGGGGGGACGGUCUUGAAAAUCAAAUGGGCGUGGUCACUCGAUUGGGCGUGGCUUUAUGCAUAGUCACAGUGAACAAGUACAUACGCAAUAGCUUAAUAUUUGGAGUGGAUUUAUUACAACAUGUACCUAACAAACACCUAGCUUGCACGUGGUAGAUGUCUAAAAGCAAAUAAAACCACGUUGACUUUCGAAUUUCGAUGAUGCAAUUAGUGCUAUGCGAGUAAUUCGGCAAACUGGUAACUUUGCAAGUUGAAUAUGACGUUUCCGCGAGUAACUAAAUAAGCUUAGAUGAUAGCUAUACUUUUAUCCUAUCCAUUCAAUCAUGUUAAUAUUCUUAUUGAAUAAUUUUAUGUCCCCAUUGAUCAUUUUAUUGUUCAUUUGAAUGUUCAAUUUCGCGAUUGCGCGAGAGACGUUAACUGCGCUUAUGACUGGUAAGUACUUAUCUAAGCGGACGUCAAUUAUCAGACUCUCGUAUUUUUGUGCUAGUCUGCUAGAAUUUUAUGCAAGUAUAUCAAGUUUCAGGGACAUUAAAAUAGUGACACAAUUACGUUCUGAAAUAUGUCUACGUAGGACGCUGAGCAAUUAUUGCCAAAAAUAACACGUAUGUAGAACAAGUGAUGCCAAAGUUAUUUGGAUGGUGUCAAGCGGUGUUCACUGAACUUCACUCAUAUUUAAUCCCUGCCAGGGGGAACGGCGUUCCCCCACGUUUUAUUUUGGUAGGGGGGACGCCGUUCCCCUGGUAAAAAAGGUGGGGGACGGCGUUCCCCCGCGUUCCCCCUGGAAAACAUCACUGGUAAUAUGAUAAGGAGAAUAUACAAAACAAGUGAAACUUCGAGUUUCACUUGUUUUGUAUUUUGUUAAAAAUAUACUCAUUGGUUCUAAACAUUUAGACUAUAUAUAUAUAUAUAUAUAUAUAUAUAUAUAUAUAAAUAUAUAUAUAUAUAUAUAUAUAUAUAUAUAUAUAUAUAUAUAUAUAUAUAUAUAUAUAUAUAUAUAAUAGUUUUGUAAAUCAGUAUUCUUGAUAAUAACAUUAAUUAUGAACUUUAUAGACUGCAAAUCUUUUCCCGAAUGACCCACUAAUAUAUCUGUCAAAUCUAAAUGAAAAUGCCAUAACAUUGAGAUGUGUUACCUUUCACCUUUCGAACCAAUGCAAUAACUGCAGCUGAAGCAUCUGUAACCAUUUCAGAAACAACAAUUUCACCAACCAUUCUUUCAAGUAUUUUCCUCAAACCGAAGACUUCCAUAUUUGUUGAGAUACCUCCUGUUUGACGUUUGUCCACCACUUCUACGUCAACAAUAACAUCAAGAUGCUGCUCCAUCAAAGCAUACAUGCAGUACUUUGAACUAUGUCCUGGGGAAUCAUUCCGCCCAUCACCACACAAGACAACAGAUUCACUGGACAAAAUAUCCCACAAUUCAUCCUUCAUUUGCUCCCAAUAUCUCUUAACCUCAGGAAUAACAAAAUGUGUUUGCAUCCUGUUAUAAGUUGCCUUUGAUACUAGUCCAAGCCCCAAAAAUCGACAAAAUAAGGCCAAUUUGUCAUAAUUGUUUCCAGAGAUGAAAAUGCCAGCUGCCAUCAACAACGUAUUUGUAUGUACAUUUUGACCAUUUUUCUGACACAGUACUUUGGAAGAUGUCCAACAUCCAAGAUGACCUUCAGAACACUUCCAUGAUAUUGUCAAAACACCACCUUCCAUUUUAGUAUUUUCCACUUGACUUGUUCCCGAACAAGAUAACCAUUGGCAACCACUGUUAAAUACUUUCAAUAACAAAGGCACAUCAACGACAACACAAUCUCUCCGAAAAUGCUCACUGCACAUUUUGUAAUGGUUACCUAAACCAGCCAGGACAUCAAAUGCAUUCUGCAUUUCGUCUGCCAGCCUUUCAUUUCUUUCUUGAAGUGAUUCAGCUUUUUGAGGCUUGUCGUUAUCAUCUUCUAAACUACUAACAUCCAUAUCUUCUUCUCCUCUUGUAAUAUUAAGAGUUGUGUCAAGCAUGUCAUCUUCCGUUGAACUUAAUGUUGCUUCAGGAUCACACUCUUCAUCUUCUAUGGCACUUAGUGUUGCUUCAGGAUCAUACUCUUCUGCAAAUCUAUAAAACAGACAAUAUUUGAAUAUCAAACAAACAAAAGGUUUAUAAGAGUACUGUACAUAAUACCAAAUGGAGAGGUGUUCAUUGUUACUAUAAAUAUGGGAAAUGAAGGUCAUGUUCACAAUCAGUACAGUAGAAACUAGGAAGUGGAUUUCAGUGAAGAUGUUACAAGUGAUCUGAUAGUUCUCUCUUACCCUUGAACAUCAUAAAUGCACUGGCCAUCUUCAGAUCCACUAUCAUAUUCACUUGAAUCACAGGAACGAUUAAUAAAAAAUUUACAUGUAAAAGUGAAUAAAUAUUUGGGAAAAGGUAAAAGAAAAUUUUUAGAAUCCAGUAGAGGAUGAUACGAAAUGAGGAAUCCUUUUUGGUUAAUAAAAUGUACUAGAACAUCCCAAAGGGGGAAUGGGAAAGUGUUGGGAAGUGUGGAUUUUUUUAUCAGAUGACUCAUUGCAUACUAUUUGAUUUGCCAUCAAAACUCAAAAGAUGCUGCUACUUAUUAACUAAAUUGUGAAUACAACUAUGCAAGUAAUAAUUACCUUGUAUCAUGAUCUGAUUCCGAACUUGUGCUAUCACUCUCGAAUGAAGGGUCUUCAUGGUAUAAUCCAAAUUGAGGAUGGACAGAUAUGGAAAGACUCUCAAUUCUGCUCACGUCAAGACUAGCAGAUAUAGGUGCAACAUCCAUGGCUCUGUUUGGAAAAGUAAAUUACAUUAACCCUGAUUUCUAGUAAACCUGGUUUCAUUUUGGUAGUAGCUCUCAUGACAUGAGCACGUCCAACUAUGUGAAAUAGCCAAAAUGAGCCAAACGAUAAUAAAGAACAAAAUAGAUAAGAUACAAUAUACAGUAUACCAGUUGCUAUAUAACUCAAGACUUUGUAUGGAACCGGGUUGGCCUUCUUAGUCAGGAGACAGCCUGGUAAACGAGAUCGCAGUAUAGGAAAACUACAGUAGGGCCACUCAGCGUAAAGAAGUGUGCACAUUGUUUACUGGCUGCCAACCUAAUUUACAUAUUGGUAGACAACGGAAGCAGUUCACUGUAAAAUUGUAUUACAGAGUAAUGAUUUUGGCCGUGUAAGACACCUGGGACCUAGCUUAAAUAAUUCCCACUUUUCUCUCCUAAGUAGCGCUACUGGUCGUCUCCCUAUACUGUGGUGAGAUCUCACUGUGCAGUUAUUUUUAUAGUAAAAAUUACCAUUUGAAAGAGGUGAGAUGUCACUUGCCAGAAUAAAGAUUUCUCUAUCUAAACACGAACAAACAAGCUGGCCCGGUUGCAGGGAUGACAGUUCAAAGAUGCCUCUGCAAGCUAUUUUUAACUGUCAAAAAUUUUUUUCCUGGCAAGCAGUAUAAAAGUUUCUCAUAUAAACAGAAGAGACAUUUAUCCUGCUUACCUGACGGUCGGCCUGGCUUCGAUAUAAACAGCCCCUUAUUGGCUUAUUCUGUUAUUCAAGGUUAAGGAAAAACACAUUAAUAAUGUGACAUCAUGUUCAGCAACAAGGCACUACUAUUAAAGCAUUUAAAGGAUAAUAUCCACCGUAUUUCUUACGUUCUAUUAUUUUCAACACUCACAUGUCAUUGUCAGUCUCAUGGACAAUGGGUGACAAACACAAAUUUCGAUCAGGUUUGCCUUUACCAACAGGUGUUGAAGACAGAACAUAUGGCAAGGGUCGAUCUGAAGUGUAAUAUACAAAAUAUAUGAUCAUAAUUUAUAGGACGUAGAUCACAAAUCAUUUUAAAAUAUAAAGAAAUUAAUUGCAUUAUUAAAUAACAAAUAUGUAGUAUUUACCAUCGCCUGGAGAUUCCAUUGAUUGCAAAGGCUCGUCUUCGCAAAAAUUCAGAA